GUGCGAGAGCGUGUGUGGAUCUAAUAUCUCCUACCUGUCCUUGUCACUCUGAUCACUGCAGAGGAAGCCGCUGCGAGUACGGCUUUGCUCCAUGGCCUUUUUUCACACAUUUGUCAGGAGGAUUUCGGAGUCUUUGUUGGCGAGCUGAGCGCGGACGAACAGGCGUCGGGACUUGAUUUGCCUUUUUGACAGCCAGUCUCUGUUUAUCCAUGAACUCUAUGAGGGACCCAUUAGACCACCAGCAUCUCACAGGGACUAAACUUGCAUCCACGCACCACGCGGCUCUGACCAUGUCCAGUUUACAGCCGCUGCAGCGGUCAGUGGAGUCUAAACACCGUCUGGACGUGCACACGGUGUCGGACACCUCUAGUCCCGAAUCUGUGGAAAAAGAGAAGAUCCAAACUAAAAACGACGACUCCUCAGACGAUCCCUCCAAAAAGAAGCGGCAGCGGCGGCAGAGGACUCACUUCACCAGCCAGCAGCUGCAGGAGCUGGAGGCAACUUUCCAGCGGAACCGGUACCCGGACAUGAGCACCAGGGAGGAGAUCGCAGUCUGGACCAACCUCACGGAAGCGCGGGUCAGGGUUUGGUUCAAGAACCGACGAGCCAAGUGGAGGAAGCGCGAGCGGAACCAACAAGCCGAACUGUGCAAGAACGGCUUCGGCCCGCAGUUCAACGGACUCAUGCAGCCGUACGACGACAUGUAUCCGAGCUACACGUACAACAACUGGGCCGCCAAGGGCCUGACGUCCGCCUCGCUCUCCACCAAAAGCUUCCCUUUCUUCAACUCCAUGAACGUCAACCCGCUUUCCUCGCAGACCAUGUUCUCCCCCCCGAACUCCAUCUCCUCCAUGACUUCCAGCAUGGUUCCGUCCGCGGUCACCGGGGUUCCGGGCUCCAGCCUCAACAGCCUCAACAACCUCAACAACCUCAGUAAUCCGUCCCUCAACUCGGGGGUGCCCUCGUCGGCGUGUCCUUACGCGCCCCCGACCCCGCCCUACGUGUACCGGGACACUUGUAACUCCAGCCUGGCGAGCCUGAGACUGAAAGCGAAGCAGCACUCGAGUUUUGGAUACGCCAGCGUCCAGAACCCAGCCACCAACCUGAGCGCAUGCCAGUACGCGGUGGACCGGCCGGUCUAAUCUCACCUGCACUGCAGAAAAUGACCAGAAGCCGCCGGUUCUUCUUCUCCUUGUCGUGUUGUCCCGAGCAGGGGCGCUCCCAGGAGGGGGCCUCGAGUUUCACCCCGCCCCCACACCACCUCCACCACCACAUUUUUGGCACUUAUGUUUUACAUCUGAAGGCACCACAACAACAUACGCAAAGAAAUGAACAGCUCGCGACUCCUCUCAUAUUUCAUGACAGAUGGUAAACAAAGAAUAUUGCGGUUUGUAUGUGCUCACUGAAACUUUCUUCACCCAUGAACACUUUCAGGUUCGGCAGCGCAAUAUCAUCAAAGUCUUUUCUUAACUUCAAACUACGCAUGUUAAGUUGCGAAUACAACUAAACAGUGUCCUUGUUGAAAGAUAAACCUAAAGUAAAGAUUCUAUAAAAUUUAUUAUUCACUUUUCAGUGCCAUCUAUUCAAGAUAUUACUGUUCAGAUCAUUCAAAGGAUUUUUUUAGUAACAAUUUGAGGUUUUCUUUUUAUUGAAAGGGAAAAUAUUCAAACGAAACCAAACUUCAUCAUCUUCUACUCACUGGACUUUAGGAUAAGCAUCUUCUGUCACAAGGAAGUGAAACAGUCUCAAAGAUGAUGAAAUUGAAAAGCCACUGAAUUUUAGAGCUGAACAUUACUUUGUGAAUGGUGAAUUCCACCACAAUAAUGGGAGCUUUUUUUGCCAUUGGAUUGCAACUAAACUUUGUAAUUAGAAACUCCAUGAAAGCAGCACUUAAAGCUUCAAUAGUGCAGUCUAUAAGUUGGUGAGAAAACAAGUUCACAGAACUUCCACCGAACACAACCAACAUUUAAACUAGGGGUAGUGGAUGUCAUGUGACCAACAUCCCUUUUUCUUUUCCUUUGUUAAGCGCUGAUUGUCUCUCUCAUUUAAUACAAAACUAUUUCCGGAGCAACAUCAGCACAGAACCAUUCUGAUAGCUCACUUUCCAAGUGAGUUGAGCACUGACCUCCAUCAUCUUUGUGUUGUCUUUCAAAAUCUUGCAUUUGUUUUUGACAUUAGACAGUAAACAACAGCAUCAACCAUGAAAAUGAGAAGCCCUCUGUGUGUCAUUUAAUAGUCCAGUGAAAUAAACUCAACACUACAAGCUUGACUCUACCACAGAUUAUUAUUUCUUUUCUAUGGGCUUUUCUGUCAUAUGCAACGUCAUCGUCAACGUAGUGCUGUUCCUUGGGCUCCCGAUAUAGACAAUGAAUGACUGUGUCACCAUUUCUACAUUUUGGAGCAAGGGAUCACUGAAGAAAAAGACGUCUUUGGCUGCAACAUAAUGAGAAACAAGGGAGUAGUUAGCUUCUUACGGAAGAGGAUCACUCCAUCUGUCUCAUGGCCACUGUUACUCUCAAUGACUCCACUGCAACGGUGGAAGUUCUCAUUUGAAGUGAUAAGUGUGUAUCAUCUAUAUCGACUCUAAGAGGAUCCCAAAACACAGCAACUAUUGUCAACACAGAUCCAAAUCAACAGACAAUCAAAAUGUCAUUUUUAUUUUUAUUUACAUGCCAAGAAGAAGUUGUGCACCUCAAUAUCCCGAGCUUGUAAUUCAGUGGCACUUCGGAAACUUGCUCCAACACCUUGUCAGUGUCACUCCGUGUCGGCUUGCUGGUCAUUUUUUGCAGUGUGUGUGUGGCUUCAUCACCAACCAACGGCCAGAGGAACAAGAGACUACUACUUUGACUUUUCAUUUGAAGAAGGGCACUAGAAGACUGAAGUGAACCACUGAACUGGGAGAUUUGGGUCCCUCCCCGCCCCCUAAACCCUCUUUUUAUUUUGGGAGAAAAAAGAAUUUCCCGGUCUGUUCAUCAUUGUUCGUUCUGGACUCCAAUUGUCGAUCGAAAGGUUGUAAAUAUCUCUAUAUAAUUGACUCAUCAUCUCUUGUUUUUGUCAAAUGCGCUACAGUGCUCCACUAAUGAACUAUUUGCAUGUGGGCGAAGAAGAAAAAAGAAAAGCCAAAAUUUUGCUUGCAAACUAAAAAAAAAAAAAAAGGGAAUGUAAAUAUUUUAAAAACGCACCAGUUGUGUGUUUCGAACAUAUAAUAAAUUUAUGAUUAAUGUCUGUGUGGGUUUAGAAUAGAAAUUCUGGAUUUAAUGUUCCUGGUUUUCUGUGUAUACUAUUUGGUACGGAAUAAUGAUUUUUUUUUUUUUUCCUCCCCAAACAUCCCAAAAAAAUAUUGUGUUUUAUUUAAUGGAAGUAAAUAUA